AUGUUUGGAUGGAGGAAGGUCGCACCUCUGGAUUGCAGGCUGUUGUCGCCUCUAAAAAAAUGGUUGCGGGAGGCUGCAUCGGCUACGUGGCGGUUUAAAAAAGCAAGGGCUCAAUCACUGUUUUGUUUGGGGCGUGGUGCAUCGACAAGUACCUAUCGGGUCUAUGAGGAGGACGGGUGUGCCGUGCCCUUUUUUGGUGGCAUUGGUGUAUUGCAGUCGGGUAUCAUGGGUGGCUCUUCUACCGUGCUAGAACCAGAGUCGACGGCUAAAGGUAGAUCCAGAUUAUGUUGUCCUAUGCGCAUAAUUGACGCCCUACCAAACGCAAUCAUGAGGAACAUAUUGUCAAUUGCAAAGGUACAACCGGAUGUCAGGGGGUGGACGACAUUGAUACAAGUCGUCGAACGGAGUCAUAUACUUGUGACAAAAGUAUCGGUUGUGGCAUACAACAACAACAUAAGGCCCUCUUCACCGCUCCUACUGCCGUUUAAAAGAUACUAUGUUUCUGGAGCUACCUUGAAGAAGGUUGACGAAAAAUAUCGGGUUGAUGACUAUGACUUCUCUUGGACCAUCACUAACAACACCUUAAUCCAGCCAUGUGAAGAACAUAUAGUGUCUCAGAUGUACGACCACAUUGAAUUGCAACAAUUUCGCAAUCUACAUCGUUUUGCUUAUACAGAUAACCUACAAAAUGUUCUUGGUGUUUUAGCAUACGCCUUUGAAGAGAAGCAGAUUGAGUUUAAUUCGGUAAACAGAGACAUUUUGAUUGUUAAUGAAAAGAAUAUGCCAAUCAUGUUAACACUAUGGAAUGAUUUGGCCACUACCGAAGGUGCUCAACUUGCUGCUACCGUCAAUGCCAGCAAUGUCAUUCUAGCCUUGCGUGUUAGGGUGACAACUUAUAAUGGCAUUUCACUAUCCACUCGGGUUCAAAGCACUAUUAUGAUGAAUCCACCUUUGCCUGAAGUCACAACACUCAAACAGUGGUACAUUAACAACAAGGUUGAGAUUGGACAAUUGAUAUUUGCUGGAGCUUAUAAGGGUGUCUCGGCUUUGUUGCUUCUUCUAUGCCUGAUAGAAUUAUCACUGUGCAUACAUUAA